GCCUCUGGCUUUAUGUCUCUUUCAUCCUCCUCUGCCUUUCCCCUGCCCUUGAUCCCUUCUGCAGGUCUUGGCUGGUUUCAGGAAACAGGUCCCAUCCCAUGGACUCCCACUCUGGGGAGCCAGCGCUCCUGCCCUGUGGGACCUGUGACAUGGUUUUCCGCUCCUCAGCUCUGUUAGCCACCCACACUCAGCGCUUCUGCAUUGGCCACCCGACCCAAGAGAUGACAUUUGGAGCACAGGCAUCAGUUGCCACUGAACCCCAGCGGGCCGCGGUUGUGCCACAAGAACACCAGGGCGUGCCACAAGAACCCCAGGGCCUCCCAGACCAGCAGGCCAGUAGAUCUGCUUUAAAGAGGUUAACAGAGGAGGUGCAGUGGCUGCGGCUAUCCCUACAGGAAAUGCGGCCCUGGAUAACAGAGGUCCCCAGGGUGUUCGCGGGGCCCUGGACACGUUCCGAGGCGCGGCCUCAGAGUCCCAUGUCCGAGGCGGUGGGAAGCCCCAGCGAGCGGCUGCGGGCGCUGUUCAGGACUCGCGCGAGGCGCGUGGCGGAGAUGGAAGCGCAGAGCCGGGCCCUGCAGCUACGCGGCGAGGGUGAAGGAGAUGGGGGACGGGGACCAAGGACCUCCUCUGCCCUCGCCCUUUGGCUUAAGCUUGCUCGGGCCGGUUCUGACUCGGCCCGCAUUCCCUCAGAACUGAGCCGACGCCUCCAAGUUGUGGCCUGUACGCGGGGCGGGAUGUCCCGCCUCUUCGGCCUGGAGCAGGAGAUUCGAGAACUACAAGCUGAGGCCGGGAGGACGCGGGGAGCUCUAGAGGUGUUGGGGGCCCGCAUUCAGGAGCUGCAGGCGGAGCCAGGGAACCCUCUGCGCUCCCGGAGAGAGGCAGAACUUUAUUCUCCAGUGCUAAAGGCCAACCCGGGAACUCUGGCUGCCGAAAUCCGGGCGCUGCGGGAGGCCUACAUUCGAGACGGGGGCCGGGACCCCGGCGUGCUGGGCCAGAUAUGGCAGUUGCAGGUGGAGGCGUCUGCACUGGAGCUGCAGCGGUCGCAGACCCGCAGAGGAAGGGCAGGUGCCACCUCAGGGGAGCUUCCAGUAGUGGAGGCUGAAAACCGGCGCUUGGAGGCAGAAAUCUUGGCUUUGCAAAUGCAGAGGGGUCGGGCACCCUUGGGGCCCCAGGAUCUGCGACUCCUGGGGGAUGCCAGCCUACAACCGAAGGGGAGGAGAGAUCCCCCACUCCUCCCGCCACCGGUGGCACCACCACUGCCACCACUUCCAGGCUUCUCGGAGCCACAGCUUCCUGGAACAAUGACCAGAAACCUGGGCCUGGACUCACACUUCCUCCUGCCCACAUCGGACAUGCUGGGCCCUGCACCCUAUGAUCCUGGGGCUGGCCUGGUCAUUUUCUAUGAUUUCCUGCGGGGCCUUGAGGCUUCCUGGAUUUGGGUGCAACUAAGGACUGGCUUGGCACGCGAUGGACAGGAUACAGGAAGGACCACAGCGUUGCCCCCAGCCCUUUGCCUGCCCCCACCUCCUGCUCCCGGGCCCAUGGGCAACUGUGCCAUCCUUGCCAGCAGGCAGCCUGUGCCCAGACUACCACCCUCACCAUCAGUAUCUUUGGUCUGUGAGCUGCAGGUCUGGCAGGGGCUGGCAUGGGCUAGGGCACCACAGCCAAAGGCUUGGGUCUCACUUGGACUAUUUGACCAAGAUCAGCGGGUGCUAAGUGGCCGCUGGCGCCUCCCACUUCGGGCCCUUCCUCUGGACCCCAGCCUUAGCCUUGGGCAGCUGAAUGGGAUUCCUCAGGCAGGUCAGGCUGAGCUCUUUCUGCGGCUGGUGAAUGCAAGAGAUGCAGCUGUCCAGACACUGGCAGAGAUCAAUCCAGCAAGUGUCCAUGAGUACCAGUACCCACCUCCGGUGUCCAGCACAUCUUCACUGGAAGCCAACUUCCUCACCCCCACAGUUGGCUUUGCUGAUCCCCCACCUCGUACGGAAGAGCCCCUCAGUGGAGUCAAGGAUAGAGAUGAGGGUUUGGGCCCUCACCACAGUUCUGACUUGCCCCCAGUGAGUUUCUGAACCCAAGUGAAUGUGGAGAUGAGCAUCUGAACAUGCACAGGACUGGGGCCUAUUUCCAGACCUACAGCUUUACUACUCCAUGUUCUGACAUUGGGUCUAGAAGCAUCUAGCAGUUGAGUACAGAAAACCAGUUCCAACCACAGCUUUACCACCUCCCGUGAGUCCUUAACUUUUCUGUACCUCUUCUGUUUUUGUAAAACAGAUUAAGGAUUAAAUGAAUUUGUCAGGUAUUUGUGA